AUGAGGUCAUUACCCCUUUCCACAGCCACGCUAGCGCUCACGCUUCUAGCAGCCAGCACCGCCAUCUCGACCAGCAUCCCGUUUGGCUCACCUCCUAUUGACUACCAACUCUUGAAACGUUCCGUCACCACCAACGCCGCCACGCUCUCUGGUGCCACGUACGACUACAUUAUCGUCGGCGGAGGUCUCGCCGGCCUUGUCGUCGCGAAUCGCCUCUCUGCCAACCCCAACAUCUCGGUCGCCGUCAUCGAAGCCGGCGCUUCCGGGUAUGCUGAUAACGCCAAAUUCACCGUCCCCGCUGCCAACCUGUACGACUCGUCCGUAGGCACCCAGUACGACUGGCAGUGGUCCACUACGCCCCAGGCGGGCCUCGCCGGGAGAAGCGCCGCUUGGCCUCGUGGCAAGGUGCUCGGUGGGAGCUCGGCGAUCAACGGCCUGUAUUACGUGCGACACAGUUCGAUCGAGCAGAAUGUCUGGGCGGAUCUGAUCGACGACACGCAGGACUGGACGUGGGACAAGAUGCUAGAUGCCAUGAAGAAGAGCGAGAAGUUUACGCCACCCAACUCGGCCACCACGUCGAGGUUCAGCGUACCGGUGGAUGCGAGCUCGCAUGGAACCGACGGUCCGUUGCACGUCAGCUAUCCGCAAACCACGUAUGCUCAGGUGGGCGCAUUUCUGCAGUCCACCAACAACGUCGGCAUUGCGCAAUCCACCAAUCCCGACGCCGGCGAGAGUUGGGGUGCGUUUCUGGCCACCAGCAACAUCAAUCCCACCAACUCGACGCGCAGUUUCUCCAGGACCGCCUACCUGGAUCCCGUCACGUACCGAGCCAACCUCGACGUUCUGACCGGCCACCUUGUCACUAAAGUCACGUUCAACUCGACCACCGAUGCGCGCGGCGCCGUCGCUUCCGGUGUAGAGUUCAGUGCUGCAAGCGGCGCUACGCCGCAGCCGGUGUAUGCGAGAAAGGAGGUGAUCCUCUGCGGUGGUGCGGUCAACGAUCCCCAAAUCCUUCAGCUCAGCGGUAUCGGCGACGCGUCGCUGCUAAGCAGCUUGGGCAUCACUCAGGUCGUGGAUCUGCCCGGUGUAGGCUACCAUUUGCAAGACCAUCUGAGCACUGGUGUGGUCUUCAACCCGUCGAGCUCGGCGACCAUGCCCCCGACGUCGGUGACAGGCAAUCGCGCCACGGAUUCGUACGUCAACAGCGCGAUCGCCUACGUCUCGGGCUCGACCAUCUUUGGCCAACAGGAGUGGAGCUCGAUGGUCGAGCAGAUGCGUACCGAUCGCGAUGGCGCCGUGUCGGCGUACGAUGCACCGGCGGCGGUGCGCGCCGGAUACAAUGCGACCUACACGGCACAGGUGGAGCGCCUGUUCCCGUCGUCGAUCGGGCCGAUCGAGCUGCUGUUUGCGCUCUCGUUCGGCGGCGUCCAGGUCCAGGCGGCGCUGCAACAUCCGUUGUCGAGGGGAAGCAUUCGCAUCAGCUCGACGAAUCCGUUUACUCCCCCGACAAUCGACCCGGGCUAUCUCUCUAAUGCGGUCGACAUGACGAUCCUGCGCGAGGGAUUCAAACUCGCCCGUCGCGUCGGAUCCACACCACCGCUCUCCACGUUUACGUCGUCCGAAGCAGCACCUGGAUCGGGCGUCGCUUCCGACGCACAGUGGGAGACAUGGAUCCGCAAUACUGUGGGGACCGAAUUCCACCCUUCGUCUACGUGCUCGAUGCUCCCGCGAGAAUACGGUGGCGUCGUCGAUAAAUCCCUCAAGGUGUACGGCACACAGAACGUGCGUGUGAUCGACGCCAGUGUGCCACCAAUCAGCUUCAGCGCUCAUCUGAUGAGCAUCACCUACGGCCUCGCCGAGAUGGGCAGCGAGAUGAUCCUGCACGACUAUGCGAGCGCCAUGACGCCGACACCGGUGUCCAAUACGAGUACAUCGAGCGCGGGUGCAAGCACGCGUGCAAGCGCUGCUGGUGCACCCACCUCUGCCUCGAACCCGGCCACCUCGAGCGCCUCGUUGACAUGCACCAUCCCGCUCUUGGCGCUCCUCUCUCCGUUGCUCAUCCUUGCUUCCACAUUGCUCUAA